AUGUUUUCCAGUGCUUCCGGGAUCUAUUCUUUUUCUCAAACAGGACCAGCGGACCUUUCAGGUUCGUCUUGGGAUACGACAGAAGGAACACAGAACUUCUCUGAAUUUGCGGACGCCGCGGACUACUACUCCGGCGAGACUGAGGAGUUAAUUCUCCCCUUUGGCCAAGUCACCCCCAAGUCUGAUCCCUCGGAGAGCUUAGAUGAUAUCCAGACUCGCUGGACGCCUUCUGUUGCUAUUGACAACAAGGCGACCAAAGCUGAGCCGAUGGGUAGGACACCAAGCCAGAAGAACAGGACCGCCAAGCUUUCUUCGACAGUAAAGAAGACUCGGCCCAGAGUCCAGUCGAUUCUGACACAGGCCGCUUCACAACUGUCGAAGCUUGACAUGGCGGGUACUACCUCUCCGACCUACCAGGAUGUUCCGCAAUACCUUGGCCAGGAUUUGGAUUCCCUUUCAGUGUCGCCCCAGGUGACUAGCUCUGGUUUCUACUCUGGAUAUGCUUUCCCUGAUGGUCUCGUUUACACCGGAGAUGUUUCUCUGAGCCAGCACGUGAACCCCCAGGUCUUUGGUUCUGGGUUGAUUGCCUCUCCCAGCUCCUGGGGUUCGCUGAGCCCAGCUGAAUCUCGCCUCUCUUCUCCAGGCAUUGGAGAUGGUUCAGAUGAUGUGUGGUCUGGCCCAUCCCUUACUUCUCCAGAGGAGAGUCCAAAGACGUCUCCCCAGCUGCCAACCCAGUCCCCAAGCCUCAGCCGGAAGGUAGAUGCAUCUCAACAGUAUGUCACCACCGAGGACCUUCACGGAAACCUGCUUCCCUCUUUGGGAGAGGAGAGUUUCUCACUUCCUCCCGCUUUCAGCUCUCGCCGCCUCAGCGAUGGUGAGUCUGCGAGGGACCAUUACCUCUACAAGAAUGCGCAACCCGGCCCGGAUGGUCUUUUCCACUGCCCGUGGGAGGGCCAACCGAACUGCAACCACAAGCCUGAGAAGCUCAAGUGCAACUAUGAUAAGUUUGUAGACUCUCACCUCAAGCCUUACCGUUGCAAGGUUGAGGGUUGCCAGAACGCGCGGUUCUCCUCUACCGCCUGCCUUCUGCGCCAUGAGCGUGAGGCCCAUGCCAUGCACGGCCAUGGUGAGAAGCCUUACCUCUGCACAUACCCGGGUUGCGAGCGCUCUGUCGUCGGCCACGGUUUCCCCCGGCAGUGGAACCUCAAGGACCACAUGAGACGGGUUCACAAUGACAACGGUUCCAACGCUCAAGCCACUUCUCCUAAUGGUUCAGGCAACGCUGGGUCUAGGGGCAGGAAGAGGAAGAGUGAUGCCUCUGAGAAGCCAAUGACCCAGGAGAAGCCCGUCUCCCGGAAGGUCAGCAAGUCCAGCAACGAAUCCUCUGCCACCUCCAAGCAACCAGAGCCGCUUCAAUCCUCCGAGAUUGAGCAGUGGUACGCGCAUCAAAAGGCUCUUCAGGCUUUCAUCCAGGGAUGGGCUCAGCCGGACGAUCUCCAGAGUCUCCAGGCCAUCAAGGAGGCUCAGGAUCAUCUCACUGCCAUGGGCAAGAUCUCCCACGGUCUACUCCAGGGUUCCUACCAGCGUUCCUGGAAGGGCUGA